UCCGAAGCUCUAUUGUUUCCAGAACGGCCCUCUCGACAGUUUCUUCUCUAUGGCUCCGGGCUGCUGGAGCCGGAGGGCGGCAGGAAGACUGAGUCUUUGAACGGGACCGGGCGGGGGGCGGGGCAACCGAGCGGGAACCGAUGGAGGCAGAGAUGGAGGCAGAGACGUUGGAGUCCAGGAUCAAUAGAGCUACAAAUCCUUUAAAUAAGGACUUGGAAUGGGACAACAUCAAUGCUUUUUGUGACCAGCUGAACAAAGAAUUAGAGGGCCCUCCAUUAGCAACCCGGCUCCUAGCCCACAAGAUCCAGUCUCCACAAGAAUGGGAAGCCAUGCAGGCUCUCACGGUGCUGGAGGCCUGUAUGAAAAACUGUGGCAAGCGCUUUCAUGAUGAAGUUGGCAAGUUUAGGUUCCUUAACGAGCUCAUCAAGGUUGUGUCACCAAAGUAUCUAGGAAACAGAACUCCAGAAAAAGUGAAAUCAAAAAUCUUAGAAUUGAUGUAUAGCUGGACGUUGGGUCUGCCCGAGGAAGUGAAAAUUACAGAAGCAUAUCAGAUGUUAAAAAAACAAGGGAUUGUAAAAUGUGACCCCAAGUUGCCAGAUGAUGCACCUUUCCUUCUACCUCCUCCCAGACCAAAGAAUGCAAUCUUUGACGAUGAAGAGAAAUCCAAGAUGCUGGCCCGCCUGCUCAAAAGUUCCCAUCCUGAAGAUCUCCGAGCUGCCAAUAAACUCAUCAAAGAGAUGGUUCAAGAGGACCAAAAGCGAAUGGAGAAGAUUUCCAAGCGAGUGCAUGCCAUUGAAGAAGUAAAUAACAAUGUGAAACUGCUGACUGACAUGGUGACUAACUAUAGCAAUGGAGAGAGGACAGAGAGUAGCGAGGAUCUGAUGAAAGAGCUGUAUCAGCGCUGUGAACGCAUGAGGCCCAUGCUUUUUAGGCUUGCUAGUGACACAGAAGACAAUGAUGAAGCACUGGCUGAAAUUUUGCAAGCUAAUGACAACUUAACACAAGUGAUCAAUUUGUACAAGCACAUUGUGAAAGGAGAGGAGAUCAAUGGUGAAACAACAGCAGGUUCUCUCCGAGGCAGCACUUCUGCACUUCUGGAUCUGUCAGGACUGGACAUGUCACCUGCCUACCCAGCCGUACCAACUUUCUCCUGCAGUAGCUCAGCAACUGUGCCGGAGCAAAGCGGCUCAGUCUCUCUGUUGGACGAUGAGCUCAUGUCACUAGGGCUUACUGAUCAAGCAACUUCUUCAGUCCAAGGCGCAGACAAUAGUGGGUGGAACAGUUUCCAGUCAUCUGAGAGCCCAGAAAUGGAUGUCCCUUCAGGACUACCGGCUCCAAUAGGGAAAGCUGAAACUGGACAGCCUGCAUCUCCUGCUGCUACUAGUGGUAUGGAUGACCUGGACCUGCUAGGCAAGACUCUGUUACAGCAGUCUCUUCCCCCAGAGUCUCUUCAAGUCAGAUGGGAGAAGCAGCCACCCCCUCGAUUAACCCUGCGUGAUCUCCAAAACAAAAGCACUUCCAGCCCAUCUCUGAGCACCAAUAGCACUUCGUCCAUCUUCCCAAAUAUCUCUUCAAACCCUGCUGUCACUCUGCCCAUAGAAAAAACACCCCCUGUUUUGGCCCCUCAAGGGUCGCCGACUCUGUCUGGAAGUGCAAGCCUUCCAGCAGGUCUCCCAGCUUCCACACACCCCUUGGAAUUCUCACUGACGAAUGUCUCUGUGCCUCUGGAAUCUAUCAAGCCAAGCAGCAUCCUCCCAGUGACUGUGUAUGACCAGCAUGGUUUCCGUGUCCUCUUCCACUUUGCCAAGGACUCUCUGCCUGACCGACCUGAUGUACUAGUGGUGGUCAUCUCUAUGCUAAGCACAGCCCCUCUGCCCAUUAGGAACAUCAUCUUUCAGUCUGCCGUCCCCAAGGUGAUGAAAGUGAAACUGCAGCCACCUUCAGGGACAGAGCUCCCACCAUUCAACCCAAUAAUGCCCCCUACAGCAAUCACCCAGGUCCUCCUGCUUGCAAAUCCACAAAAGGAGAAAGUAAGACUACGAUACAAGCUGACCUUCACCAUGGCAGAUCAGACUUACAAUGAAAUGGGAGAUGUGGACCAGUUCCCCCCUCCAGAAUCAUGGGGAAAUCUCUAGUGCCACAGCCAGUGUGCUGGGUCACGUUUCUAAAGAUUCUGCCUCGCUUAGGACCAGAGCCUUCCCAGGAUUGGCUGCUGUUUGGACUCUGCUUUCAGACUGCAAAGGCAGGCGCAGGAGGAGAGGCAGAAAAGAACAAGAGGGGAUGUCUGCCUUGGGUCAGAAGGACAAGAAUGAUUGAGUUGCUCUCUGUUCUUUGAUUUCUGUUCUUAUUUGAUUUGUCCUUUACCCUCAUCUUGUUGUCUCAUUUUUUUGCUUUUCCUUCAUUGGAAUAAUAUCAGCACAGAUGAGCUUUGAAUACUUUAGACCUUCUUCUGUACAGCUUUCCCAUCUGCUGAAGUAGUAUCAGAUCUUACACUUUCCCAUUAAUACCACUUCUGCACAAGCAACCCUGACAUAGAUCAGUUCUGGAUUUUCAGAAUGCAACACAAAAGAUGGGGCAAGAUAAGUACCCAGUACUUUGUCACGGGAGAACUAACUGUCCCAUUUAAACCUUUGUGAAUUAAACAUCUUUAGGACUACAGGGUAGCUGUUUCUGUUUUGCUCACAAAGCCUCCAUUCUCCCAAAGGUUAGACAAGGGGGCGGAGUGGGGGAGCGUUGACCUAAUUCUCAACAUAUUGAUUAACACUCCAGGGGUCAGAACCAGACCAAGUUAACAGGAUGGGCAACAAAGUUUAUAAGGGAAGUUUGAAAACUGUUUUGCUCCAUGAUUUGCUUUUCUGGGAAUAUACUACCAAUAUACUGAAUGUAGAAAGUUGCAGGAUCCAUCUUCAGAUCCAUAUUGUUGUAUGCAAAGCACCUAGCUCCAUUUUAUGUAAUCCAGUCUUUGAAACCCACUAGAAUACAACAGAGAAAAUUGUUGAGAGAGAAAGAGAUAUUCCCCUAAUAUGUUUCCCUUCACACCACUACCAGCUGUAGCUCCCUUUUUCAUUUCCAUAAAAUGGCAUGCUCAGAGAUAACCAGACUUGGAAACAUGCAGUCUGUAAGGCUGCUCAAUUUAUUUUCAUGAGCAAAAUGUCCAUGGGAGUGUUAGUUCUAAACAGGUUUUAUAAUAAAUUGCACUAAAAGGGAUGAAAUUAAGCAUUGCCAGCAAAAAGUAAAUGGGAUUGAAAAGUGAAUGACAUUUUUACCCAAUGGAGUUGCAUACUUUCUUCAGUCAAAUUGACAUGUUUUGAUGGGAAAUAUUUCUGGUUAGGUUCUGCUAUGACUGGAUACUUUUAAUUUCUAAUCUCCUUUUUCAGGUUUAUCUUUGCCCCUUGCUUUUUUUAGAGUUGGUUUCAUUUAAGUUUUGAAGUCUCUUAUGUUUUUGUAUGUGUGUAUCUACACGCACGCACACACACACAAAUUCUGCACAUAGAGAAAGAGCCCUAAAAUAGACAGUGUGAAGUCUGCUGUGUUAAUGAGAAAUAUUUUUCCCAAAAGUGCAUUCUAAGAUCUGGGACCUCCUGAAAUAGCAUGAGGAUCCUAUAUAGAAUUGUAGUCUUGCAAGUCUCUUGUUUUUAUCCUAAUGGUAAUUUAUAAACUUCAUUUUGAACUUGAA